AUGGAGUUCUCCUUGACAGGAAAAUUUGGAUUGCUUGCUUUGCUUAUUUCAUUCUGGCAGUCGUUGGUCUUUGUGGAAACUCUGGACAAUGGUUUAGCGAAAACUCCACCAAGUAAGUGCUAGGAAAGAUCCAUUUUACAUUUUCUUGUCAUUUCGUUUGAAAGCGGCACCUUUUUCUUGUCACAUGAUUUUCAGCUGGCUAAUAUUAUGUUUAUUCCUUUAUUAUAAAUAGAUUUCGAUCUUUCGCGUUUUCCCUUUAUUAUUCUGUCUAUAAAUUAGGUAACCCUUAAAUAAAGUGCAGCUAUCUGAGAUACUUUAGUAAACUGCACAUCAAACGCAGGCAUUGCAGCUGCCAAAAUGAGUACCGCUGUGACCGCUAGCUGGGAAACUUCUCCUUUCGAUACAAAGUCGUUUCAAUACAAGCACAGGCAGACCACUCUCUGUUAGUGGGGGCCGUUGUUGAUUGAAAUCAGAGCAACGAUCUCUUGUUAUUUAUAGAAGAAAUACAUAUGAACAAUACGGUGGCUAUAAUUUGUUCCAAAAUGCAGAACUUAAAGCAAAUUUUUCGAUAAAAGUUUCAAGAAAAUGUUAACUGAGUCAUGUGUCAUGUUUUUUCGCCGUCCCAUGCUGUUUUAAGCGCUAUUUUGGGAGAUGACUAUUUGACCUCGGAGGUUAGAACUAAAGAAGGAGACAAGGCAGGCAGCAAUCAGCCGCCGGCGCGUGACCCAGUCCAAUUUAAGCUGGAACUGACGCCAAACUAUUUAAUUUCUUACCUCGAAAAUACCGACUCCUGAUCCACUAGAAUGAUAUGUAUCCAUGCCCCAUCUGAAUGAGAGCUCAAUCCUUCCAAAAUUUCUUGAGAAAAGCAAUCCUGAAGAUGCGAGACCAGCUUUCUCAACAUGACCGGUGCAAAAAUCUCAACCAAAGGCAUUUGAGGUAUGCGCGUCGAUUCAAAUCCACCAAUCAGCAUAUCACGACCGUUGGUAGUUCAAAACCACAACCCUGCCCCGCGCAGGGAUGUUUGUUUGGUCAUGAUACGCUGAUUGGUGGAUUUGAAUCGACGCACAUACCUCAAAUACCUUUGGUUGAGAUUUUUGCACUGGUUGAAACUUUCUUUCGUGCAUACUUCAUAUGCCUUUGGUUGAGAUUUCUGCACCGGUUGAAACUUUCUUGAAACUUUUAUUGAAAAAUUUGCUUUAAAUUCUGUAUUUUGGAACAAAUUAUAGGCACCGUAUUAUUCAUAUGUGAUACAAGUUGUUUCGAUAUGAACUCAAGCAGUGAAAUUACACAGAAAUUUGGAUUACUUCAAAUAAAUUUUGCAGCUGAACGAGAAAAACAUUUUGGGUGAAUAUUCUUCGUUCUUUAAGCCAAGUACGUGAAACUAUUUACACCCCGAAGGAAUUAACUUGGAUCGAAACGACUUGUAUCGAAACGACUGGUAACCGCCAGCUGGUGGUGCUGAGAAUCAGGUGAUAAGGGUGCUUUUGCAGCAAGAAGCAGAACCCUUGGCAAUGUUCCAGCAACAGGAAACGAGAAAGUAUAGAAGUAGACCUCUGGGGUGUUAUGAAAUCUUUACAAUUUAUUUAUUUACUUUAACUUCCUCUUCCACCCCUGCGGUGGAUGAUGCCACGGGCGCCGACACAUGAAAUCAGUGUGCAACCGAUUGCUAUAUAUUGUGCUAGACAACACAAAAUCUUUGGAUUCCUGUGGUACUCAAAGGUGACCUUUUGUGGUACUCAUUUCGUUGUACGUCUGCAUUUUCUGCGCCAUCUUGAAUAAUUUAUCUCACCAGGCACAAAAAUGUUGAAUACAAUAAUUUGACGAAUGCUCUUAGCAAUGGUUGCAUGGCGCAAUGGAUAUUGUGUUACCAUUACACGUCGAAGGUCUCGGGUUCGACUCCUGCUGCGUGAUACUUUUUUCUUUUUUUCGUAAUCGUUUUGUUUUGUUUUGUUUUGUUUCUGUUUUAAAAAAAACAUAUAGGAAGCAUUUUGCAACAUCAAUAGGAAAUAACAUCACAUUUGACAGUAAACCUAAAAAAUCUCAAACGCACUUCCUAAUCUGAGAUUACUACUAGUUUUAUAGUACAUGUAGUGGAUUUACCAUUUGCUUGACCUAUAGCAAUGUAUUGCCAAGCAUGUAUAUAAAUCAAUGUUAAAUAAACGUUGAAUUACCUUAUCUGUGGUAUAUUGUUGUCCUUUUGACUCAAAAGUGUUUUUUUUGAGCAAUUUUGAAGGAUUUUGAGUUCGCCGUUUACUGUUCCUAAUAAUAGAAGGACAAGGGCGGAAUCCAUGUUUUGAAAGAGCUCCAGCACUGGAGCAAUUUUCCCACAGAAAGUCGCAUCACUCCGUUUUCAAACUUUGCAGCAGAAAGGUCGAAAAAUUCAGGUGUUCAGGUGUGUCUUAAAGAAUUGGUUGCAGAUCAUCGCUACAGUUGGUCUUGAAAAACCUACCUAUUUUAAAUUUAAUACUGGGCACAAAUUGAGAGGCCUUAGUGUUACAAACUCACCCAACACUGGCUAAGAAAUUAUUGCAAGACUUGCAAUAAUAAUGCACCCCUCACCUGUACUUUGCAGACCUGUGGCAGCUAUGUAAACAAAAGUCAGGUCAUAGCCUCACUGCAUGAUCAUCAUUUAUUACAUAUGAAUUUCUUAUUAUUGCAAGUACUUUUGUAAAUUUAUAGCUAUCUGCUUAGGAGAAUACCCAAAGUUAGUUUUGUGUGAUAUAUUAAGAUGUUAUUUUCAUUUUAGUGGGAUGGAUGGAUUGGGAGAGAUUCCGCUGUAACAUAGACUGUACAAAUGAUCCUGAAAAUUGCAUCAGGUAUUUCUGUUUCUGUCUUUUUUUAAAAAAAUGUUUUAGUUUGAUGCUUUCUUUUGAUAUUUGUAUGCUCAGAUAAUGAUCAUUAAUUUUAUACAGCAUUGUUACUGCAGCCAAGCCCCUCAUAAUAAGUGACCACCCAAAAUGCAAAGGCUUAGUGUGGUUGCUAAUGGCAGGUGGUUGUUUAUGGCAAUCAAACCAUCGGGGACUCUUCUGAGAAGAGAUCUGGACUAAUGUGGAAGAUAAUAAUUUAUUUGAAGUUAAAAUAUGUGUAGAUUGUCAAAUUUAGUUACUAAAAGUUAUUUGUAUAUGUUGUGGUUCAAAUUAUUUUAUCUUUGGUUUGAAUUUUAUUUUCCUUUGUUUCAAACUCAUUAUCAUACAUUACCAUACCCAAAACAAUGGAAAAUAAAAUUUAAACCAAGAAUUGAAUUGAAGGUAUACCCUGAGUUAAUUAAAGUACAUACAGCAAACAUAGAGAUCAGACCAUGUGUUAAGUGGUUUCUUACAAGAGGUAGAAAACAAUGGAAAAUCAUAAAACCAUCAACUUCAUAAAGUGGUUGCAUCACUUACAUGUACAGGAGGUGGUUUUUUGGGUGUGGUUUGAGCUUUAAGGCUUUGACUGGAAACAUUAUGGUGUUUUGGGUAUAGGUGGUUGCUUAUUGUUAUAUUUGGUCAGUUACCAGAGUGUUACAGUCACACAUGGAGAUAUGACUUUAUGGCUGCGUUAAUUCUUAAAUUUAAUUAUCUUGUUCUAAUAUUAUCAGUGAAAGGUUAAUCAUGGAGAUGGCAGAUCGCAUGGCUGAGGAUGGUUUUAAGGAUGCUGGUUAUGAAUACGUGUCCAUUGAUGUAAGUUUUCUUUACCUGCAUUUUAAUGUUUAUAUCCAUUACAUAGCUUCUUUGUGAUUUGUCUCAUUUUUGGAUACCAGUCUUAAUGAAGCAAAGCUGUGUAAAUGUUCUUUUUAGGAUUGCUGGGCCUCACAUAAUCGUACUUCUGAUGGUCAGCUCCAGCCAGACCCUGAAAGAUUUCCACAUGGAAUGAAAGCUCUUGGUGAAUAUGUGAGUAAAAUCUCAGAUAAAAGCUGUCAAAUCAAGGCUACUUCUAUUCCUUCCCUUGUUUUGGACCCUUUCCAUGACUGUAGCUCCCAUUUCCUCUUAAAUGUUGCAGAAACCCUAAAGCAAAGUAACAUGAAGACUUUAUUUUUAUUGGUUAGCACUGUUAGUUACAAAACUAGCUGUUAGGUGCGAAGAGAAGAGAAUUCCCCCUGACAGAUUCAAUGACAAAUCAAAAACUAUAAAACAGGGUAUUACACCAUUACCAGAUCAAUACUACUGACCUUUUCCCUUUUAGUUCCCACCCAUGUCUUCCAUUGUUCUUGCUCCCUUUCUCCCACCCUUUGUAUGCGAUGUGGUUAAGACUCCCUAUCCUCCUGCUUAGCUUGUGCACUUUUUUUCUCCAUGUUUCUAACCCCACUCCCACUUUCCUGGUGCAUUCUCACACCUACAUAGCAUGGUUCCUUUACUCUUGUCUCCAUGGCCUCACUCCUUCUUUUCUUUUAUUUCCUACUCUCUUCUCUCAUUUUUGUCUUCCCCCUUAACCUUUUCUCUUUGUUGACCCACCUGUUCACUUUUUAAACAGCUCUCAGGCUACAUGUAUUUAGUAGUUCUGCCUAAUGAAGGGUGAAAUUGUGAAAGCAUGAUGAGUGAAGGUAGGGAAAGCAAAGCUUGCCAGGGAAGCAAUGUUGUUUGCUAGAAAGUAAUUAUUACUUUUCUAGCAAACAACACUGUUUCCCUAGCAAGCUUUGCUAAUCCUUAUUACCUUCACUCCUCAUGCUUUCAUGAUUAUAAUCAUAACUAUGACAAAAUUGUCAAAUCUGAUUGGCUGUCAACUGCCCUAAUUUCAGCCUUAAUUGGACAGUUUAUAGGACAGUACGUGUCAUGCCUAAGUAAUUGGACAGUACGCGCCAUCACACGUGUGCUUAAAGGGCUUUAGUUUUUCACUGCCAGCAAAACAAAAUUUGGAAUUUCUUGUGUUUUGAUUUAAAAAAUAGCCUAUUAUAUCACAAGUUUUGUUAAAGUUAUGAUUAAUUGAUAACAGAACUUCGUGUCGUCCAAUUCGGUCUGUAAUCAUACUUGUGAUUAAACAAAUCGAACUCCCGCCACGCGGUCAUCUGAUUUUGUUAAUCACUCGUAUGAUUACAGACCGAAUUGGACUCCACUCGGUCCUGUCACCAUUACUAAUUCACCCUUCACGAGCAAAGGAAAUCGGAUAUGUCUAUUGAAUUAUUCAAUAAGCAUAUCUGAUUUAAUUUACCACCAUAAAGGUACAAAAAUAAUGAACACUUACAGGGUGUUCACCUUCUACCUUCAUUUCCCUCAUCUCUGUUUUCUGAGAGUAUGCAGUGCAUAGUUGGUUAUGAGUAAUAAACCAGUGAAAAAGAAGUACUGCUUGUGUUCAAACAUUUAUUCUUUAACAAUCUCUCGCUAACUUUCAGAUUCAUUUGAAAGGAUUAAAGUUUGGAAUAUAUGCAGGUGAAGUCUGACAAGUGUUUUACAAUUUUUAGGAGGAAGGAAGCACUAAUGGAUAAAAUUUAUGACUUAAUGUUGCCGUUGGAUAUUUCUUCAUUGUGGACAUUUCCACUGAAGCUGUUAUUAGAUCGAGACUUGUUUUAAUUCAUAAACUUUUUUUUAUCAUGUUGGGUUAACUACACACUCCCUCUCUAUUGUCAGUCUGAUAAGAAUUGUCUCUAUAAAUGAAGAUAUUCAUUGCAAAACAGUUGUUAAAGGACCUGGCAAAAACUUCAUGUUUGAAAUUUAUAGUUUUCCUUCUCUUGAAUGAAAAAGCUGUUUUUCUUUCAGAAAUUUCCUUAAGGAAGGGGAUCAUGUGAGGCUGUUCCAAAUAAUUUUUUUUAUCUCUUUUAAGUGUCUUAAAUAAUAAUAAUUUAUUAAAUAAAAUAAAAUAAAUAAGGGAAAGUUCAUUUAAUAUGACAAGGGGGAUGAAGAUAUUGAAAGUGUAAAAACUACCAAGACUACAUUUGUUAUAUCUAUAAACCACGUGAUAUAGCUGAGUUGCACAGGUCAUUAAAUUGUUGAGUUGAAAACCAUCCGAUCUGUAGUGAUGAUGUCAUUACAAAUUUCGACCCCCCCCUCCUAGGCAACAAUUUUUUCUGAUUUCUUGGUGUCUAAAAAUUUUGGAGCCCCCCUCAAUAUCUUCAUCCCCCCCCUUGUCAUAUUAAAUGAACUUUCCUAAAUUUGUAGCAAAUGUGGUUCUGAAUUUUUGAAAUGCUGGUUUUUGAGGAGAGGGGAAAACUGGAAUACCUGGAGAAAAACCUCUCGGAGCAAGGGAAAGAACCAACAAACUUCCAUUUUAUUCAAUGUCGUCCUAAAAACUUUCAUUUUAUGUUUUUAGUUUGUAGAUUCCACAAUUUUCACGAAAAACCAUUCUCACUAAUAGGAAACUUCAAUCUUUACCAUUCAUUUUCUUGUAUAUGAUUCAUUAAGCCAAUAAUAUAAUUUUUUUUAUUUAUCUCAGAUUAUGGAACUAAAACUUGUGGAGGCUAUCCAGGAAGCAUUGACCAUAUUCAGCAAGAUAUGAAUGUAAGUAAAAAGGAGCCCUUUUUUUUCUUAUAACCAUCUUAAUUAAAUUUAUUUCUCAUAUGACAAGUGGCAUCUCCAUUUAAAGUAAAACUAGGGACAAAGUUAUGAUUUUUUAAAGGAGUUGGGGCAGGGGGGCAAGGUCACACUGUGUCACACCCUCCAUUUAUGCUCAUCCAUUCUGUAUUUUGCUAAAAACACAGAGAUUUUUAAUAGUUACUGCAUGUUACCUCUCCAGAUAGUAGCUUCGUAAGAUUAGGAAGAGUCCUUUUCUUGACUUCUUUAUAGCGUCAAAUUCUUAAUAUUUCAUCAAAUUUGCUCAAGUGAGCAGCUCUUAGUUGAAGAUACAUUUACACAUCAUGAUGACACAUUCAUCUGUAAACUUUGAAUGUAACGAACUUCAUUUUGCUCUUUUUACCACAUUAUCACAGGAAAAGUUUGUUGAUUAAUUUUAAGAUUAAUAGCUUAUCAGGCUCAUUUUAUCAACAUUGCCUCAAAACACUCUCUUUACCAUGUUUUAAUUUUCAUACAUAUUUGUAAACGUUACAUGUCAUUAAAAAUCACUUUUUAGACGUUUGCUGGGUGGGGAGUAGACUAUUUAAAACUGGAUGGCUGCUAUGCUGACCCAAAGACAAUGGACACAGGCUACCCAAUGGUCACUAAGGCACUUAACAACACAGGUCGACCAAUAGUAUUUUCUUGUAGCUGGCCAGCUUAUCAAGUAGCAGCAAAAAUAACGGUAAGAAGCAUGCUUUUUCUACUCUUAUUAUUGGCCAGAAUCUGUGCUUCCUCACAAUGAUCUGUACACAUAAGUUUUCAACAUAAGUAAAAGAACCCCUAUCGCUGCAAGCUCCCAGAGAAUGCCAAACCAAUAUCAUUCCAAAAGUAAAAUGUUUUCCAUGCUUUUGAUGGUCCUGAAAAAAUGUUCUGCCAAAUCAAAAGCAUGGAAUUAAAAUACUGUCCAUUGUACCUCUGGAAGUUGAAUUUCUAAGUGCCUUAAUGGCCAGGGGCGAUUUGAACCAUCUUGUACAUAAACAAUUUCUGCAGCCCCACUCCCACCCCCCCACUUCCUUUUGAAAGUUUUUGGAGGAGGCUACAUAAAGAUAUUAUUUUGCCAUUAUAAUUAUAUUAAGCUACAGUAAGUUUUCCAAAAAAUGUCUUUAUAGUGUUUCAACAAAGCUUUACUUAUUUGGUUGCAGAAUACCACCCAGAUAAGGUUUAAAACGUAUUUAUACACUCUGUAUCAUCAGUUAUUAAAAAAAUUAUAAACAUGUAAAUUCAAAACCUUUUUCAUUAUAUCCCUGAGACAACGUUGUACUAUUAUGGCUGAUAUUGAACUUUAAAAUUUGCAGCCCAACUAUACAAGAAUUGCUGAAUACUGCAAUUUGUGGAGAAACUAUGAUGAUAUACAGGUAAUUGAUUCAGUAACAUUUUCAAUAAAAUUAGUGAAGUGCUUGUGGUAAAAGUUAUGAAUAGGUGUCUUGAUUGACUGUUGGCCAUCACUUAGAUGAUCAUUGGUUGGUGAACUAUAUAUGUUCAAGGCUGUGCCCUACAGCUCUGAGCCUGUUCAUGAAAUCUAAGGUGCCCGGCUUAUACUGGUAGGUUGUUUGCAUUAUAUUGAGGUUCCACUGUACUGCUUAGUAUUAGUAUAGGUAAUAGCAUGAUUUGUAGUGGUAUUUGACAUAAAUACCUCGGUGAUAUUUCGAAAUUGUUAUACAUAAUUUCACUCGCCUAACGGGUCGUGAAAUUUGACACAAUUUUGAAAUAUCACGAGUGGUAUUUAUUCCGAAUAUCACAUACAAAUCAUGCUAUUAUUUGUUUAUACUAGUACCUGCAAAGGUUUUGUAAUUUUCACAUGAAGGUAUUUCAAAUUAAGCUGAAAUACCACUGUUCUAAGCCAAUCAAAUUGCACAAAUUUCUCAUGUAGUAGUUGUAACUUACUUCUUGUGAUGACUUUCACAAAGUCAACUUAUCAAAACCUUAGUCAGUGUUGACACAUUGCUUUUCAGGACUACACUAGCCCCAACAGCAUAUUCAACUUGCAUAUUCAAGUGAAUGUUAUUGAAAGGGUGUGUGUGAUUGGGCCUAAGGUUGUAGAAGUUUAUAAUUGGUUAUUAGAGAGAUUAAGAUUCACAUUUACCGCAAACGGCAAACGUCAGAUUCAAGUUGAGAAUUUCUCAGAAUACAAAAUAAGCAGAUAUAAACAGUCCAGAACGAUUCUUAUGGAUAAAACUGGCAUAAAACUAUUUAUUUUUAAAUAAGGGGAAAACUUGGUCUCGUGGUACAAAUUCACGUUUACCGUUUGGCGUAAACGUGAAUCUUAAUCUCUCUAUUUUUAUUGAGUAUGCAGGUAGUAUGACUUGUUUUUUUCUGGCACCGUUUCAACUAAACGCAGAAAUUAAAUUAGAAAUAUUGUGAAAAUUUCUUUGAAUUAAAUUAUUGAAAAUUUAAUGGUCUGUCUUUCAGGAUUCUUGGCAGAGUGUCACAGGUAUAGUUAAAUGGUAUGGUGAUCAUCAAGAUGAAAUGAUACCUGCUGCAGGACCUGGCCACUGGAAUGAUCCAGAUAUGGUGAGGCAUUUUAUGCAACUUUUUUUGAGGAAAGACAAUUUUUAUUACUGGAUUAUUGUUAUUAUUUUUUUGCAGCUAAUGAUUUCAUAUAUAUUUUUAGCUUAUUGUAGGUGACUUUGGUUUAAGUUAUGAAGAAUCCAAAGCUCAAUUUGCUAUCUGGGCAGUCAUGGCGUCUGUAAGUAUAUGAUUAUUAUGAGUCUCCUUUAAUUUUAUGACUCAGCAGCUCCUUACUCCUCUGACGCGUCGUUUUUUUGCACCUUGGUCGUAAACAAAGGAGAGCCCGAAACUUUAGUUUCUGGUGACAAAGUGCAAGGAACCACAGGAAGGAAAAAGAAGAGAAGCGCCCGUUUUCUCCUUUUCUGCCUUCCUUCGAACGCAAAGUUACAUCGAGAGAGACACAUCUGGGUACGAGGCACAUACAGCAGCUUAUUAAUGAACAUGUGUAACCAACCCUUUAUAAACCUUUUUGGUGUGUACUAAAACAGUUGAUAGUGUUUUUCGCGAGCUCUGAUUGGCUACUCUAUCUGCGGACAUCCAGUAUAAGUAUUCAUUCAAAAUAUUUGUCCUUUUCUGAUUGGCUGAAAUACCCCAGUCAGUUCUUCAUAACCAGCUACUGCUGACCAAAUGUGGAAGACUGUUUGUUGUUGUUUGUUGUUUUAUCACCCAAAUUGAGUCACUUCGAGGAUUGUUGACAGGAGUGUGGACAGUAGAAGCCAGCCAAGCGCUAUACCGAACGAGCUAGUCCUUAAGCGGUUAACAACAAUGACUACUGUAAUCCGGACGACCAUAAUCAUUUCAAAUACUUUUUUAUUUUGCAGCCCUUAAUUAUGUCGACUGAUCUUCGUAAAAUCCCUCUGUGGGCAAAAGAAAUUCUACUCAACAGGUAAUAUUUGCCUUAAAGUUUCUCAAUAAAUUUCCUUACUUUAGACGUUGCAAGUGAAUCUGAACAUAAUAAAAUUCUCUUUGUAGUGAGGUUAUCGCUGUGAAUCAAGACAAGCUGGGGAAAAUGGGAAGACGAGUUCAAGUAAGCUACAUAAAAUAUAUAAAUAUCGUUAAGUUGAAAACUUAACCGACAGUCAGAUUUUCCAAUGACAAUGAGCUUUAACAAUUACUCGUUUCUCUCAAAAUGGAAGCUCAUUUCAAUGAAUGAGUGGUUAGAUGUGUCUUGGGCCAGUUAUUUUGUUACAAAUAGUUAUGGUGAGUCCUGGGACUCAUCUUGUGAAAAAUCAUGCUCGUUUUAUUGUUGAGACAUAUGUUUAAGAUAGAACCUCGUGAGAACAAGCACCUAACCAGUGAACACCAAUUAAGGUGCAAAGGAAAUGUCCUCCUUUGUUCCAACGCAGUUGCAAAAUGUUUGAGAUACUUAAUCAAUCGUAAAAAUGAUAUCGAUGAUUUAAUUUUUUUUGCCACAUUAAGACUGGUAGCUCCGAGAUCUGGGCUCGACCGUUGGCUGAUGGUUCCGUGGCUGUGGUGUUAUUCUCGCACUCUGAUUCUACUCCAGUUACUAUUAAAGCAACGUUUAAAUUGGUAAGUGGUCCUCGUUUUUGACCAAAAAAUCUAAAUUUUCUCUUGUACAUGUAAAUCCUAAACUUUGAAUAGUGCUGCGUGACAGUUCUGCUUAAGAGGUUUCUUGUCAAUGGUAACACCAAAGGAUUUCCAUCUAAAGACUUCAAAGGUAGAACUACAUACUAAAUAAAUAGUACCAUGUGACAGUACUGCUGAAGAGGUUUCAUUUGAAUGGUAACACCAGAGAAUUUCAUCCACAGAGGCAAAAGUGAGCCUGUGUACAGCCCCCCCCCCUUCCAAUCAACUCACCAUAACUUGGUCAAGGAGAGGAAAGGUUAACGAAGAUAUUCAAAUCAAGUAAUGUAUCUGUUGCGAUUUAGUCUUAUCCUUGGCUCAAAGUUUACUUGUCUUUGUUUCAAAAUCAUUAUCACGCAUUUUCAUUCCUAAAAAUACAAAGGGGAAUAAAAUUAACGACCAUGUAUCUUUAGCAACCUGGUUGACGGAAUGUUUUUGCUUACAAAAGAGUUUAACUAGAGAGCCAAAAUAGUAUGCUUGCCUUAUCUAGCCAAGUACAUGUUUGAAUACUCAACAGGCGUAUGUAGUUACGUUGGUCUCUCUUGCGCAAGUGCCGUGUAGGAAUGAGAUUGGGCAGUUAAUUGGGUGGAUUUCCUCCCCCCCCCCCCACUCCUACUUCGGUCGCAAAAGAAUUUCUGCUCCUUGCAGUGCUGCGUAGUAACGUGUACUUGUUUGUCAGAUUGGACUGACCGCGAAGCAAGCUGUGGCACGUGACCUGUUUGAACACAAGGAUCUUGGAAUAUAUGACACCAUGUUCGAAGCCAUUGUCAACCCGAGUGGGGUGGUGAUGGUCAAAUUGAUUCCACUUAUGUAGUGCCGGGAAAUAUAUGGUCAUCAAGUAAGUUUGCAUGAGCAUUCACUGCAAUAAGAGGAUCUUAGAAAAUACAAAAACAAUUCCGGAACUCUCGUGUAUUGCUCCUUUCAGUCGAUCCCAUAAAGUUGAUCAAACCCGAAACAACCCUUAUUACAUUUUUCCCGUGCUCGUCAUCUUAUCGUGUGCGAACUGAACGACAUACAACUAAGGACUAACAAUAAUGUGAUGUACAAGUUCGGUAAAAAAUAUCGCUUAGAGGUGAGGGAAAAGUAAGGGUUGGAAUAGUCAGAGAAUUUUCUUCUUGUAAAGAGCUGCUACGCUGGAAUAGCCGAUAAGCGAAUCGAUACAAUUGGCUCUCAUCGCCUCUUGCAGCAAGGGGCGAUUCGAAAGAGUAGAAACUUCCCUUAACGAUGGUAAGCUGUCAGAGGUGGCCACUGUGUCUUAGUUGAAAGCUAUAAAUUUCUGCUUUUCUGUUUUUUAGGAAAAACAGUUCUUUCAAAGAAUUGUAUUGAUCAUUGAGUUUGGAGAGCAUUCUAAUCAGAAAUGUGGCGGAUUCAUUAAUUUCGUCCUUGGUGGUAAGACGAAAAUCACUCCAAAAUAGUUUCUUACGUUUGCCAUAUAAUGUAUUUUCCGUUAGUCUUGAAGGAGCAUUUUACAGGAUCAAAACACUCAUUUUUUUUGUACACUUUGCGAUUCCCGUUGUUAACAGAGUUCGUCACUUCUUAGGUGG